CCAUUGAGGAAGUGAAAGCGCUGAAAAAUGAAGCCAAAUAAGUUGAUGUGUCCACAUUAGUGCUGUUUCUAUAUGCGUCUUAGUGUGUAGAAGGACUUCUCGCAUCCAAAGCUACAACAACGCAACUCGGUGGUGUUUAAAAAGAAAAAAAUGGCGUCACCAACCACCUUAGCUGGCAUAAAAUGCGGAACCUCUGAUGGGCCUUGUUGGCGUAUGAAGGCGUCUACGCUUUCCACUGCCUCCUCAUCAUGAAUAAGUUAUGGAGGAAAGACGAUCUGCUUUCAAGGGUUUAUUGUCUUGGCAAGUUGAUGAGUAAACUAGGCGUGAGUGAAAGCUGGCGUUUUGUGGAUGUCCUCGGUCUGGAAGCCGAGCAACUCUCUGCUGUUCCCAAGCCAUGCUGUGCCUUGAUGCUGCUUUUCCCCCUGACACAACAGCAUGAAUCUUUCAGGCAACAGCAGGCAGACAAAGUGGCGCAGGGUUCCGAUGCUUAUUUCCUGAAGCAGACAGUGGUCAAUUCCUGCGGCACCAUCGCCCUGCUGCACGCUGUUGGCAACAACCAAAGCAAACUGACAUUUGAGGGUGGUUCUCUCUUGAAGACGUUUCUGGAUGAGACUGCUAAGAUGUCUGCCGAAGACCGUGCCAAACAUCUGGAAAAGAACAAGGCAAUCCAAACUGCUCACAAUGAGAUUGCUGCACAGGGACAAUGUAGGCCAGAAGCAGAUCAAGUCAACUUCCACUUUAUUGCCUUUGUCAACGUGAAUGGCCAACUUCUUGAAUUUGAUGGGAUGAUGAAUGGCCCCCUGAAGCAUGGAACCACCAAAGAUGAGACUCUCGUAAUGGAUGCGGCCAAAGUCUGCAGAGGCUUUGUGGAGCGAGGACACGGUGAAUUGCGCUUCUCUGCUGUGGCUCUCUGUCGCAGUUAAAUUUCAGGAGCAACUGUCAGCCACCACAUUUAAUUGCAUCUGAUGCCAGGCGCUGUCAAGCAAGUAUUGUUUGCACCCCCCUCCCCUCAUCUAUUAGCACAAUCUCAGCACCACAACACUUAAGUGUUACGGGCUUGCAGACAACAGUUGUAGUCGGUAUUUUCUAGCUGUGACCAAUGCAGGAAAACAAACAAAACACAAAUCACAUUGCUGUUUUGUGCACGAGCACUUGUCUCGUACGCUUUUCUUAUGCUUGAAUGACAUUAAGAGUACAAAUAAGCGUUGUAGUGAUUUGUGGUUUUUUUAUGCCUUAUGCUGCUGAAUAGUAGAGAUGGCGUUGGCAUCACAGCCCAGAUGUAGCUUUAAGCAAACACUGUUCACAGAGCAGAAUCAAUCUCUUCAGUUUUUUGUUUUUGUUUUGGAAGAAUUAAGAGUGCAGUGUGUUUGUUUUACUUUGCACAGUAGACUUGUGUUGCACUGUCUGUGUGGCUGCUGUUGACACAAAUAAAAUGGUGUGAUGUGUG